AGCUUCUCGGAGCAUCACCCGUGUGAAUCAGCGGAGAACCCGGGGGGCACCUAUCAGCCCCCCAACACAAAGCAUGGCUUAACCGGCCGCGGCGGAGCUCGUUCUACAGCCUGAGGCUCUCCGUCCGCCAUGCAGGGGCCAUCGCGUGAGCUGGAAUAGAGGAGCACGGAGAGGAACACGGCACCGGGAUGGCCCAAAGCAAGAGGCACACGUACAGCCGGACCCCCAGCUCGAGCGCCAGGAUGAGCGUGGAGGCCUCGGGGAAGCCCCUGAAAGUGGGCUCCAGAGUGGAGGUGAUUGGGAAGGGACACCGGGGGACCGUGGCCUACGUAGGGGCCACACUCUUCGCCUCGGGGAAAUGGGUGGGAGUGAUCCUGGACGAAUCGAAAGGGAAGAACGACGGCACGGUGCAGGGCAGGAGGUACUUCAGCUGCGAGGAGAACCACGGCAUCUUCGUGCGCCAGUCGCAGAUCCAAGUUGUGGAAGACGGAGCCGACACGACGUCCCCGGAAACCCCGGAACCGGCCUCCUCCAAGCUCCCCAAGAGAGAUGCCCCAGAGACCCCCAAGGCCAGCAAACUGCGCGGAGUGAAGCCUAAGAAGGCGCCGACCACCCGGAAGAUCACCGCGCGCCGCACCAAGCCCACCCGGCCCUCCAGCUCGGCAGCCUCCAGCGGAACCGCGGGGGCCUCGGGCUCCGCGUCCGCGUCAUGUGGCGAGAUCAGCAGCAGCGAGCCCAGUACUCCGGCCCAGACUCCGCUGGCGGCCCCCAUCAUCCCCUCACCUUCCUCCGCUCUGACCUCGCCUGUGGCCCCGAUUCCGGCCCCAGGAUCCAGCAAGGAGGAGGAGAACCUGCGCGCCCAGGUCAAGGACUUGGAGGAGAAGCUGGAGACGCUGAAGAUGAAGCGGGCGGAAGACAAGGUGAAGCUGAAGGAGAUGGAGAAAUCGAAGCUGCAGCUGGAGCAGCUGCAGGAAUGGAAGAGCAAGAUGCAGGAGCAGCAGGCCGACCUCCAGCGCCAGCUCAAGGAGGCCAAGAAGGAAGCCAAAGACGCUCUAGAAGCCCAGGAACGUUACAUGGAGGAGAUGGCCGACACGGCCGACGCCAUCGAGAUGGCCACGCUGGAUAAGGAGAUGGCCGAGGAGCGAGCCGAGUCCCUGCAGCAGGAGGUGGAGACAUUCAAGGAGAAAGUGGAGGAGCUCACCAUGGACCUGGAGAUCCUGAAGCAUGAGAUAGAAGAGAAGGGUUCGGACGGAGCGGCAUCCAGUUACCAGGUCAAGCAGCUGGAGGAGCAGAACGCCCGGCUGAAGGAGGCGCUCGUCAGGAUGCGGGAUCUGUCGGCCUCGGAGAAGCAGGAGCACGUCAAGGUGCAGAAGCAGCUGGAGAAGAAGAACGCCGAGCUGGACUCGCUGCGCCAGCAGAAGGAGAAGCUGCAGGAAGAAGCUUCACAGAUGGAGAAGACCAUCGACGAGCUGAAGGAGCAGGUGGAUGCUGCUCUGGGAGCCGAGGAGAUGGUGGAGACCCUGACCGAGAGAAACCUGGACCUGGAGGAGAGAGUCCGCGAGCUGCGCGAGACCGUCACCGACUUGGAAGCCAUCAAUGAAAUGAACGACGAGCUGCAGGAGAACGCCCGCGAGACGGAGCUGGAGCUUCGGGAGCAGCUGGACAUGGCGGGCGCCCGAGUGCGGGAGGCAGAGAAACGGGUGGAAGCGGCCCAGGAGACGGUGGCCGAUUACCAGCAGACGAUCAAGAAAUACCGGGACCUGACCGGCCAUCUACAGGACGUAAACCGCGAGCUCCGGAGCCAGCAGGAGGCCACGGCGGAGAAGGAGCAGCAGCCGUCGCCGGAGACCUUCGACUUCAAGAUUAAGUUUGCAGAGACCAAAGCCCACGCGAAGGCCAUCGAGAUGGAGCUUCGGAAGAUGGAGGUUAAUCAGGCCAAUCGGCACGUGUCGCUGCUCACCGCCUUCAUGCCGGACAGCUUCCUGCGGCACGGCGGGGACCACGACUGCAUCCUGGUGCUGCUGCUGAUCCCCCGACUCAUCUGCAAGGCCGAGCUCAUCAGCAGGCAGGCGCAGGAGAAGUUUGAGCUGUCGGAGGCCAAGGAGGAGCGGGCCGGCAUGAGAGGAGCGGUGGGAGAGCAGAUGAGCUUCGCCGCCGGGCUGGUGUACUCCCUGAGCCUGCUGGAGGCCACGCUGCACAAAUACGAACAGGCCCUGGGUCAGUGCGGAGUGGACGUGUAUAAGAAGAUCGGCUCGCUGUACCCGGAGAUGAGUGUCCACGAGCGCUCCCUGGACUUCCUCAUCGAGCUCCUGCACAAGGACCAGCUGGACGAGACGGUCAACGUGGAGCCCCUCACCAAGGCCAUCAAAUACUACCAGCACCUGUACAGCAUCCACCUGGCCGAUCAGACCGAGGACUGCACCAUGCAGCUCUUCGACCACAUCAAGUUUACGCAGAGCGCCCUGGACUGCGUCGGGGUGGAAGUGAGCCGGCUGCGCGCCUUCCUGCAGGCCGGGCAGGAGGCUUCUGAUCUGGCCGUCCUGCUGAAGGAUCUGGAGACCUCGUGCAGCGACGUCCGCCAGUUCUGCAAGAAGAUCCGCCGCAGGAUGCCGGGGACCGAGGCCGCCGGGAUCCCCUCGGCGCUCAGCUUCGGGCAGCAGGUGUCGGAGUCGCUGCUCGAGUGCCGGAAGCACCUGAAGUGCGUGGUGGCCGUCUUCCAAGAAGUGGCGGCCGCCGGGGCGCAGAUGAUCGCACCCUUGGGGGAGAACGAGGGGCUGCAGGCUCUGAGAUUGGAAGACGUGGCUUUCAAAGCCGCCGAGCAGGUUUACGGCGUGCAGGGAAGUAACCCACACGAGUGCCUGCGCCAGUCCUGCAACCUCCUCAUAGCCGCCAUGAACAAGAUGGCCACCGCCAUGCAGGAAGGCGAGUACGACGCCGAGAAGCCGCAGAACAGGUCGCCUCCUCCUGUGGAUCAGAGAGCUGCCACUCUGCGGGCCGAGAUCACGGACGCCGAGGGCCUGGGCCUGAAGCUGGAAGACAGGGAGACGGUCAUCAAGGAGCUGAAGAAGUCCCUGAAGAUAAAGGGCGAAGAACUGAGCGAGGCCAACGUCCGCCUCAGUCUCCUGGAGAAGAAGCUGGACAGCGCGUCCAGAGAGGCCGACGAGCGGGUGGAGAAGAUCCAGAGCAAGCUGGAGGAGACCCAGACCGUGCUGAGGAAGAAAGAGAAGGAGUUCGAGGAGACCAUGGACGCCCUCCAAGCGGACAUCGACCAGCUGGAGUCUGAAAAGGCCGAGCUGCGGCAGAGACUGAACAACCAGUCCAAGCGGACCAUCGAAGGGCUGCGCGGAGCCCCCGGGGUCGCCUCCAUCGUCUCCGGCAUCGCAGGAGAGGAAGAGCAGACAGGGGUGCCGUCCGGCCAGGCGGUGCUGAACGGCUCCGGCCCGGUGCAGGUGAAGGACUCUCCGCUGCUGCUCCAGCAGAUCGAUGCCCUGCGGCUCUCCAUGAAGCACCUGAAGCACGAGAACAACCGGCUGAAGGCUGAUCAGAUGAAGGAGGAGCUGUCGGCGCUGCCGGCGCUUCAUGUCCCCAAACUGAUCCUCCCUAAAGACCGCCAGCGCGAGGAUGCCGUGUCCGGGACCCUCUACCGCAAGACCAGCCAGCUGCUGGACACCCUGCAGCAGAUGAGCGCCAGCACCAAGGUGGUGGACAUCACACACAAGAAGACGGGGAGCCCGGCGGCUCAGCUCCUGGAACAGACGGCGCGGCUGAAGUCACUCAGUGACACCAUCGACAAGCUGAAGGAUGAAGUCCUAAAAGAGACCGUGUCCCAGUGCCCCGGCGCCAACGUCCCGUCGCACUUCGCAACCUUCCCAUCCUCUGACUUUAUAAAGGCCAAAGAAGAGAAGAAGGAAGACACGGUUUACGUGGGUAAAGUGACCCUCCCGUGUGAGCCGGGCGACGGGCAGAUCCACCGCCUCGUGCUGACCCCGGAUCAGCUGUUCGAGCUGCACGAACGGCUCAUCUGCUAAAACGCAUCCGAAAGCGGUUCCCCGGCCCCCGGGGGCCGCACUCCCAGAACGCUUAUUACCCAGCUUGUUCUAUCCGGCUUCUCGUUGGACUCGGAGCUCCCAAAUAUCUGCUUUCAGGGCGAGGGUUAUUGUUUGACAUAAAGUGUUUCUGUGGCCCUUGUGCCGGCCCUCCGGAGCGCUAUAUACUGUCAUGAAUAUGUAUGUCUGGGGUGGGGGUACCUGUGCUGCGGAUUACGAGAUGUGUGGCGGGGAGGACUCGGUAGCGCUGAUAUCGGCCGGGUUCCUGUUUCUUAUAAACUCCCCGAUAUCGGAGAUUUUGGUGAAAUGCUGAUUAUUAAUAAUAACGAUUAUUACGCAAAAACAUUAAACUUCACAAACCCG